CCUCAGCUCCUGCUCCCCGUGCCGCCUGCCCCAGCGCUGUCUCCCGGGCCCCCCCGGGCCCCCGGGCCCUCGAGCCCGGUGCGCGCCCUCGCGUCCCGCCGGCCCCCUCCCCCGGCUGGGCCCGGGGGAGGGUGGCGCCGUGAGCGAGCGGGGACCGGGCUCUCUUGCCCCUUCCCCUGCCCCUGGGCCGCCAGGAUGGAGGCGGGGUCGGGUCCCCCGGGCGGCCCGGGAUCCGAGAGCCCCAACCGGGCGGUGGAGUACCUGCUGGAGCUGAACAACAUCAUAGAGAGCCAGCAGCAGCUGCUGGAGACCCAGCGGCGGCGCAUCGAAGAGCUGGAGGGCCAGCUGGACCAGCUCACCCAGGAGAACCGCGACCUGAGAGAGGAGAGCCAGCUGCACCGCGGGGAGCUGCACCGGGACCCCCACGGCGCGCGGGAUAGCCCGAGCCGCGAGAGCCAGUACCAGAACCUGCGCGAGACCCAGUUCCACCACCGCGAGCUGCGGGAGAGCCAGUUCCACCAGGCGGCCCGGGACGUGGGCUACGCGAACCGGGACGGCGCCUAUCAGAACCGGGAGGCUGUGUAUCGGGACAAGGAGCGGGACGCCUCCUACCCACUCCAGGACACUGCUGGUUACUCUGCCCGCGAGCGCGACGUGGCCCAGUGCCACCUGCACCACGAGAACCCAGCCCUGGGUCGCGAGCGUGGCGGGCGGGAGGCCGGGCCAGCGCACCCGGGCCGCGAGAAGGAAUCCGGCUAUUCGGCGGCGGUGGGCGUGGGGCCCCGUCCAUCACGAGAGCGGGGCCAGCUGAGCCGUGGCGCAUCCAGGAGCUCCAGCCCCGGGGCCGGCGGCGGCCACAGUACCAGUACCAGCACCAGCCCGGCCACAACCCUCCAGAGAAAAUCUGAUGGUGAGAAUUCCAGAACAGUCAGUGUGGAGGGUGAUGCCCCAGGCAGUGACCUGAGCACAGCGGUUGAUAGUCCCGGGAGCCAACCCCCCUACCGGCUGAGCCAGCUGCCCCCCACCAGCAGCCACAUGGGGGGCCCCCCUGCUGGGGUGGGCCUUCCCUGGGCUCAGCGGGCUCGCCUCCAGCCAGCCAGUGUUGCCCUGAGGAAGCAGGAAGAAGAGGAGAUAAAGCGCUCCAAGGCCCUGUCGGACAGCUAUGAACUCUCCACGGACCUGCAGGACAAGAAGGUGGAAAUGCUGGAGAGGAAGUAUGGGGGCUCCUUCCUGAGCCGCAGGGCUGCCAGGACCAUCCAGACGGCCUUCCGUCAGUACCGCAUGAACAAGAACUUUGAGCGGCUCCGCAGCUCAGCUUCAGAGAGCCGCAUGUCCCGCCGCAUCAUCCUUUCCAACAUGCGGAUGCAGUUCUCCUUUGAGGAAUAUGAGAAGGCACAGAACCCCGCGUACUUCGAGGGCAAGCCUGCCUCGCUGGACGAGGGUGCCAUGGCUGGUGCCCGGAGCCACCGGCUUGAACGGGGGCUCCCAUAUGGAGGCUCCUGUGGAGGGGGCAUCGAUGGUGGGGGAAGCUCCGUCACCACAUCUGGAGAGUUUUCUAAUGACAUCACAGAGCUUGAGGACUCCUUCUCCAAACAGGUAAAGUCUCUGGCUGAAUCCAUUGACGAGGCCUUGAACUGCCACCCAUCGGGGCCCAUGUCUGAGGAGCCAGGGUCAGCCCAGCUGGAGAAGCGAGAGUCAAAGGAACAGCAAGAGGACAGCUCGGCCACAUCCUUCAGUGACCUUCCCCUCUACUUGGAUGACCCAGUUCCCCCGCCAUCCCCUGAGCGACUGCCCAGCACAGAGCCCCCACCCCAGGGCCGGCCUGAGUUCUGGGCACCCGCCCCUCUCCCACCAGUUCCUCCACCAGUGCCACCAGGGACCCGGGAAGAUGGUAGCCGUGAGGAAGGCACUCGCAGGGGUCCUGGGUGCUUGGAAUGCCGGGAUUUCCGGCUGCGAGCUGCCCACCUUCCCCUGCUUACUAUUGAGCCUCCUAGUGACAGCUCCGUGGACCUGAGUGACCGCUCAGAUCGCGGCUCUGUCCACCGUCAGCUCGUGUAUGAGGCUGAUGGCUGCAGCCCCCAUGGGACCCUGAAGCACAAGGGGCCACCAGGCAGGGCCCCGAUCCCACACCGCCACUACCCAGCCCCGGAGGGCCCAGCCCCAGCCCCGCCAGGGCCCCUGCCACCAGCCCCCAACAGUGGCACUGGGCCCAGUGGUGUGGCUGGGGGUCGGAGGUUGGGGAAGUGCGAGGCAGCAGGCGAGAACUCUGAUGGUGGAGAUAAUGAGAGCCUUGAGAGCUCCAGCAAUUCCAACGAGACCAUCAACUGCAGCUCUGGCUCCUCUUCGCGGGACAGCCUGAGGGAGCCUCCAGCCACCGGCCUGUGCAAGCAGACUUACCAGCGGGAGACCAGGCACAGCUGGGACUCGCCAGCCUUCAACAAUGACGUGGUGCAGAGGCGGCACUACCGAAUCGGCCUCAACCUCUUCAAUAAGAAGCCAGAGAAGGGUAUCCAGUAUCUGAUCGAGCGGGGCUUCCUGUCAGACACGCCGGUGGGAGUGGCUCACUUCAUCCUGGAACGGAAAGGCCUGAGCCGACAGAUGAUAGGGGAAUUCCUAGGGAACCGGCAGAAGCAGUUCAACAGAGAUGUGUUGGACUGUGUGGUGGAUGAGAUGGAUUUCUCCUCCAUGGAUUUGGAUGAUGCACUCCGGAAGUUCCAAUCCCAUAUCCGGGUUCAGGGUGAGGCCCAGAAAGUGGAACGACUCAUCGAAGCCUUCAGCCAGCGGUACUGUGUGUGUAACCCAGCUCUUGUGCGCCAGUUCCGGAAUCCAGACACCAUUUUCAUCCUUGCUUUUGCCAUCAUCCUCCUCAAUACCGACAUGUACAGUCCCAGCGUCAAGGCUGAACGCAAGAUGAAACUAGAUGACUUCAUCAAGAACCUGAGAGGGGUUGACAAUGGUGAAGACAUCCCCCGAGACCUCCUGGUGGGUAUUUACCAGCGCAUCCAGGGGCGUGAGCUGCGGACCAACGACGACCACGUGUCCCAGGUGCAGGCCGUGGAGCGCAUGAUUGUGGGCAAGAAACCGGUCCUGUCUCUUCCUCACCGUCGACUGGUUUGCUGCUGCCAGCUCUAUGAGGUGCCAGAUCCAAACCGCCCACAGAGGCUAGGGUUGCAUCAGCGAGAGGUCUUCCUCUUCAACGAUCUCCUUGUGGUCACCAAAAUUUUCCAGAAGAAGAAGAUCUUGGUGACGUACAGCUUCCGUCAGUCCUUUCCCCUCGUGGAAAUGCACAUGCAGCUCUUCCAGAAUUCAUAUUACCAGUUUGGGAUCAAGUUGCUGUCUGCAGUACCUGGCGGGGAGCGCAAAGUCCUCAUCAUCUUCAAUGCCCCCAGCCUCCAGGACCGGCUGCGCUUCACAUCCGACCUGCGAGAAUCCAUCGCUGAGGUGCAGGAGAUGGAGAAAUACCGCGUGGAGUCGGAGCUGGAGAAGCAGAAAGGUAUGAUGCGGCCUAACGCCUCACAGCCCGGAGGGGCCAAGGACUCGGUGAACGGCACGCUGGCCCGAAGCAGCCUGGAGGACACGUAUGGGGCAGGCGAUGGGCUCAAACGGGGAGCGCUCAGCAGUUCCCUGCGAGACCUCUCUGAUGCAGGGGUCUGUUAUUAGCAGUCCACGCCCUCACCAGAGGAUGCCACCUCCGCCCCCACCCCCGCCGCCAGAGGAGUACAAGAGCCAGAGGCCCGUCUCCAACUCCUCAUCCUUCCUGGGCUCCCUAUUUGGAAGCAAGCGGGGCAAGGGGCCCUUCCAGAUGCCACCACCGCCAACAGGCCAGGCCUCUGCCUCCUCUUCAUCUGCUUCUUCCACCCACCACCACCACCACCACCACCACCACGGUCACAGCCACGGCGGCCUGGGGGUGCUGCCUGAUGGGCAGUCCAAGCUCCAGGCCCUGCAUGCCCAGUAUUGCCAAGGACCGGGCCCGGCCCCGCCCCCCUACCUCCCACCUCAGCAGCCCCCUCUCCCCCCACCUCCUCAGCAGCCCCCGCCCCUCCCGCAGCUGGGCUCCAUUCCACCGCCUCCUGCCUCAGCUCCUCCUGUGGGGCCGCAUCGCCACUUCCAUGCCCAUGGCCCAGUCCCAGGCCCCCAGCACUAUACCUUGGGCCGGCCAGGCAGAGCUCCCAGACGGGGGGCCGGAGGACACCCUCAGUUUGCUCCACAUGGCCGCCACCCCCUGCACCAGCCCACCUCCCCCUUGCCCCUGUACAGUCCUGCCCCCCAGCACCCUCCAGCCCACAAACAGGGCCCCAAGCACUUCAUCUUCAGCCACCACCCAC